GUAUGUCCGGGAGUGGCUGGGCUGUAUGGUCGCCACCAGGAUCGUUUCACUGGAUGACUCAGACAAAUACUUCAUCCCACAGUCACUAAAACCGGGACUGAAAGCUCUGGGUUUCACAUUUUUCUAUCCUGUCAUGGGUCCUUUUACAGACAAAGCGAGGAACUGCUUCAAAAAGGACGGGCCUAAAGGUUUUGGCUAUGGAGACAUGCCACCUGGUGUUGUUGAAGCCAUUGAAGAGAAAACAGGGGACCCUGACAGCAUUGUAGAGGAGCUCCUUAAGCCGAUCACCAAGCCCAUAGAGUCGUUGAACACCAUACUUGACCUAGGCUGUGGAGGAGGAUGUGCAACUAGAGCGUUAAGAAAGCGUUUUCCAAAGGCAGUCAUAUACGGCGUCGAUUAUAGCGAGGAUGCGCUAACCAAAGCAAAAUCAACUGCCAAAGCUCAAGGCACAGAAAACCUGCAUUUUGUAAAGGAAGACGUGACAUCAUUGCCCGCCGACUGGACAGGGAAGUUUGACUGGGUCAUCCUGUUAGACGUGCUUCAUGAUCUGCCUGAUCCAGUUAAUGCCAUGAAAGAGGUUCGCCGCGUCUUGAAGGACGACGGAGUCGUGUCCAUCGUUGAUCCAGACCUACAUAGUAGCCAUAGAGACAACAUAGGAGAUGCUAACUUGGCAGGUGUAGGGUACGCCAUCAGUUCUGUGAUUUGUCUCCCUUGCAGUUUGUCGAUAGACGGCGCAGCUGGUCACGGCAUGGGCUGGGGAACCGAAAACAAAGAAAAGUUUUUAACCGGUUCUGGCUGGCUAGUGCAGGACAAACGAAAUAUCGAAAGUCCGUUUGCUUUGAACUUCACUUGUGUCAAAGCAUAACCAAAGAACUAGCAAGUGAAUCUCAGCAUGUUAAGAUAUUACUCUUUUCUUCCGGGGAAAAUGCUUUUAACCAGAUAUUGCUUUGAGAACACCAGACACUGUAUAUAUAAGAGAUAGUAUACAGCACAGCUUUUUAUCAAAUAUUAUCACAACACUAAACGCGACGAUGUAACAGCUGUACACAUUUUCCAAUUCAACAUUAAAUUUUCUCCUAAAAACUAUAUCUCGGAAUUCUUGGAUUGUGUUAAGACUAUUAGAAAUAAGACUUUACAUUUCGAUUAAGGAAGAAUGCUUGUUGAAGUAAUAUAGUGUACACGCGAUACUGAUAACACAGUAAACCACAGCAUCAACAUGAAAGGUAGAACUCUACCUCACCAUCAUGUAAGUGGUGAAACUGGGACAAGUUUUAUGUCUGUGAAAUAAUCUGUAUGUAUGACGACAUUUGAGUCAGAUUGUAAUGCACUUUUUUGUAAAAUAGCAAUUAAUCAGUAAAUGGGAAUAUGGUUUUUCUUGAGUAGGUCAUCUCUAAGUUACGUCAUCGAGUCAUACCAUUAAGAUAACCCUAAACAUGUGUCAUAAGCUUGACCUUAAACGCACAUCAUCAGGAUGACCUUAAGGUCGAGCUGUUACGUUGGCCCUAAGGUCAAGCUGACACGAUUACCUUAAAACAUAGAUUUAAGUCAAACAGUUAUGAACGGAUUAUUAUUUUAUUUUUAUCAAUAAGUUAUUUAUCUACAACUAAAGCUUACUGUUUAACGUUAUACAGUCGUAGUUGAUAAAAAUAUGAAUGUUGUUCUCUUCUAUGAUGUCCGUGUUUUAUUAGAUUAGGAAAACAACUGAUAUUUAAAUAUUCAUAGGUGAUUUUUUUUUUUUACCAUGAUACGGGCAAGUAUGCAGAGGACACACUGUGUAAGCAACCUGUGUUGACCCUUGUGUGUGAUUCUUGUGGGGGUUUUCUGUGAUAUUAUGUAAACAGAACAGCCACCAAACAGCUGUAGUCGUUUGAGUGUUUGAUUCGAUGGUCUGUACUGGGUUAUUUGAAGUGAACUGCUGAGCUGCACGGUCCAAAUACAACUUGGCGACAAGCAGUAAACAUGCAACAAAAGAGAAAGAAUAGUACAUGCAUUCGUCAAGAAAAUGUAUACAUGUCUUUAUUUGCUUGUGAGAGUUUUGAUGCCAAUUUGUUUUCGAACUCUAAUUAUCAAAUUAGACUAUAUGUGAUUGACAUCUUACACAGGACAACCAAUCAAAAUGGAAAAUCGUAUGUCGUGUUUGGAAUGUAUUAAAUUUAUACUAACAAUAGUAGCAAAACAUAAUAAGUCUCAUAGAUGUUUGAUACAUGUAACUAAGUAACAUAUUGUUAUUCUAUCUAUUGAUAACUGAAUAAAAAGCAUAUUUGGAAACAAAGCGUUGAGUUUAUCUG